GCGGUGUCGGAGAACGCACACGUGACACCACUUGCAGCCUCACCUCGUCUCAACGACCAGCCGUUGUACUUGGAGGCUGUGCGUGCAGCGAUGGGCGCUGCGACAAUAUUUCUUCGAUGCACAUUGCAUCGAGGUCAUCUCAGUUGCGCGCUGGUGUCCGGUUGCAGAUCCGAAUUCCUCGUGCAAACCCUAUAAUUGGAAGUCACAAAUACACCAUUCGGUCCAAAAGUGGAUGAUGCUGUACGGAUGACACCAGUCUUCAUUAGUGUCUGAGUCAUUUCUCUCUUCACUGUUCUUCUCCCUUGACAUCUCGGUUGAGCGCCAGGCGCUGAUACCAUCCCUAGUCAGAACCCCCAAUGGCGAGCAUUUCGUCUUAUCACGACCGUAAGGCUGUGAAGGCUAUACGAAGCCCGGCCGCUUUCGAGGAAGAUCUUCACAAGCGCUGAUUGUGCAGCCCUUGUGGUUAUCAGUCACGCUCCCGGAGCCGAGCGCUGAAUGGGGCUGUGCAUGAUGCGUGGGCUUAGGAAGCUCUCCUGGACGCAGUCAAACACUGUUGGCGGUCUCCGAUGAAGGUCAAACAGCGACAAUGGCGGUAAUGACACGCCGACUGAUAUGGCUGGCUCUGUCGCCGUGCUGUGGACACGGAUGGCUAGAACCAUUGCUGCUUUGUCGGGUGAAACAUGUGAGUCAAAAGGGAAGCAGUGACAAUUCUUUAGCGCAUAUAAGAUCUGUUUUCGCACAGCACCUCAAAUCUGGCUCCUCGAACCAUACAACACUUCCGUCCAUGCCUGCCAGCCCGGAGUCGUCUCCAACCACCACCAAGAAAUCAAACCCGUUUACAAAGCGGCGGAGAGCUUACAUGGCAUGCACAAAUUGCAGGCAGAGGAAAAUCAAGUGCAUCACAUCAUCCGAGGGCGACUCCCGUCCGUGCACUCGAUGCGCGAAGCGCAAGCUCCACUGCGAAUACGUUGCCGUGCCCGAAGAGCUGGCGUACCAGCACGAGCAGUCGCACUCGCCAGAACCUGGGUCUUCGCUGAGCUCCCAAUAUCCUGAAACUGACGGCCGGUGGCCAUCUCAAUCGAUCACGCCGCCCUCCGCUGGCCUAAGAGCCGCGGCGGAGCAACGUAGUUUGGGGGUGUCUGAACCGUCUUACCCACGCCCCGGCUUUCCUGGUCAUCCGCAGUACAGCCUGUUUGCUGCGCAGCAAGCGCAGGCUGUGGCAGGCGGGUUGCCUGGCCCACACACCGGUCAGAGUUAUCCGUACACAGAUUACUACGACCGGGCAGGAUAUCCGCAGCAGUAUGUUAGUUGUGUCUGUCCUCCAUCCGGUGCUUGUUAUUGCGGUGGAAGAUACCAUCAGCAGCCAUAGGACUCUCUAUUUGACCCUCGAUGAGCAAGUGAUUGCUCGUUUU